GCAGACAUGUAAUGACGUCACAUGAUAACACGCAUACUAGUGUGUCACAAGCCGCAAGUGUAUCCUCCUUGUUCAAAGCCUUUGUUCCUCACCAACACCAUCGCACACCCGCACCAUCCAUGUAAACAAAUUAUCGAUUUUGCAUCAUCAACGAACCAACCACCACGGUCGGAGAAGGCGUAAACAAAACAUACCGAAGAUUGUUUGCGGUUUUUCGGAAACCACAAACCAGCGACGAUGGAAGUCCCUACGGUGGCCACCCUGCUAGAUAUUCCAAGCAACGAUCCAAUAUCAUAUUGUCGGCUGUGUCUAUCCAGUGCCGCGGUCGAACCCAUCUACCCCGGAGAACCGAGCCACCCGCUUGUCGACCUCAUAGCCAAAAAUGUCCAAGUCACGUUCAUGGUUGAUGAGGAUCUACCCUGCGCCGUGUGCCGGAACUGUCGGCUGAAGCUGGAAGACUUCGAGCGCUUCCGGGACCAAUGUCAGAAGCUGGACAACUUUGUCCGAACGCGAAGGCGUGAGUUGGCACUGCUGCAAGCAGCGGCCAUUGCCAUGCCCCAGCUCGAAGAGGAAGAGGAAGUGUCGGAAGAGAUUGCCAUCAAAGCGGACCCGGAAGCGCUGCUCGGCGAUGACGACAGCCUGCCGUACGUGCUGACCGACGACAGCUGGCACCGGUGCAAGUUCUGCUCAGAGGCGUUCCAGAGCUUGUCCGUGCUGGUGGAGCACUUCCGGAUGCGGCAUCCGGACGAGUCCAAGAUGUACAAAUGUCCGCACUGUACCCGGGCGUACUCGUCGAUUGAGGCGGCCGAAGUUGCGGUGGCCGCAGGUCCGGCCUUCAAAUGUGACGAAUGCGACGCCGGGUUUGGCCAUCGGAUUGGCCUGUCGCGGCACAAGGAUCGGUACCACGAUAAGGCAUCGCCGAACUAUUCCGCGGAACGGUUCAAGUGUGACCAGUGCGCGAGUGUGUUCGUCGAUGUGAAGCAGAAGUCGCGCCAUCAGCUGCAGAUGCACACGAGUGCCUCACACAGUUCCAAGAGUUCCGCGCAGGUCGACGGUAUCCACGUGUGCGAGAAAUGUGCCGUCACGUUCUCGCCCUACCAGGCCCUGCUGGUACACAUCCAGGAGUACCACUGGAACGACCCGCCGCAGGAAACGUUCAGCUGUUCGGUGUGCACCAAACCAUUCGACAAGCGACGCCUCCUGCAGUACCACAUCCUGGUCGCCCAUCUCGGGCAGAUUCCGUACGCGUGUAACCACUGCGGCGAAUGGUUCCGGACCAAGUCGCACCUGAAGCAACACAAGACGAUGUUCCACGAGCGGAAUCUGGGCGACGCCAAUCGGUGUGAGUUCUGCGGCCAGACGUACCUGGACGAGAUACAGGCCAGCUCGAAGGAGGAUGUGCAAUGAUGGUGCGGGGGUGUUCCGGAAGUGGUGAGUGUUUGAAUCUCUGGCUUUUUUUCUCUUGAUGUGUGUCGAAUAAAAUGUGCGAUUCAUUGUGAA